GCAGUGGAGAAGAGCAUGCAUUUUUGUAGCUGUUUCAUCAGGAUCUAUAGGCGGCCUUGAGCAGUUUUAGGGUUUGGUGAGAUCAUGGGUGCAUCUAAAACAAGAGAUGCAGUCAGGUGUGAUGUCAGGAGUGAUUUUUGCACGGUUGGACAGAAGUGUUUUUGGUUGGUCAUAACGUGGCCACCUGUUAUUCCACUGGGGAAAUUCCAUUAGCAUGUUUGGGGUCACAGUGGCCACCAUGUGCAUCCAGAGGAAUGUCACACCGCCCACCUCAGAAGACACUUCCUUUUCUAUUCAUAUAAAAGACCCCGGUUUCCACCAGCAGCAUCCAAACGGAUUACGAAUCUUGAGAUUUGAACCUCGCCAACCAGGAAACACAACAAGAACCAUGAGUACUGCUGCUGUCCAGCAAAACCGGCCUUUCAGCAGAGCCGUCAGAAAGAUCAAGGUGGCUUCGACGGUGAACAGCCUCGCCAAAAGCUGGCAAAGCUGGGCGAACAAACGCACCGACAAGCAAGACACGAUCCCAAGCGGAUGGAUGCCUGAUACCAUCAUUGAAGAUGCGAAAGAAAAGCAGAAGGAGAAGAGUGAGAUGAAACUCUUGGUUACACCUCGUGUGGUUUCGGUGAACAGCGAAGAAGAUGCAGAUGACCAGAUCAAGACCGUAAUGGUGACUAAAGCCAUCACACCAAAAUGUAGCGAAUACGGGAAAGACCUAGUGAGCGUCAUCAAGGAGAAGAUCAACACCAAUCAGCUCACAUCAGAGGACACCAAAAACUUUCUUGGUAACGAAUCUCCCACCAGGAGACGCUACUGUGGUGGCAAAGGAGGAACUUUGGCGAAAGCGCUCGGACGAAAAGAGGAAAAGACAAUGGGAUCCCGAAGUAGCAGUUCAGAUGCCGAGGACAGUGGUUUUGGGGAGGAAGCGUCUCUUAGCGACAACAGCGAUCAGAAUGAGAGUGAGCCUAAGAAACAUGUCAGCAGACACAAGAUUAAAAUAGCCACGAUGAACGACUUGAGGAGCAAGUGGCAGCUGUUCGCUAAAGACCACAUUGAAGGUCAGAAGCUCAACCCUUUCAGCGAAGAGUUUGACUAUGAACAUGCCAUGGCUAUUCGACUCCACAAGGGCGACGCGGGAUACGGGCAGCCCAAAGAGGGAUCCAAAACAGCCCAGCGUGCCGAUCGGGCCCAGAAACACAUCUACCGUGAGAUGGAGGAGAUGUGCUUUAUCAUACGCGACAUGGGCCAGCGGGAUAAAGAGGGUCAUAUCUACAUCACCUUCGGCCGCCUGUUCGACCGCUACGUUAAAAUCUCCGAUAAAGUUGUGGGAAUUUUGUUGCGCUGUCGCAAACACAAGAUGGUGGACUUUGAGGGCGAGAUGCUCUGGAAGGGCCAGGAUGAUGACAUAAUAAUCACAUUACUAGUUUAAUUUUCCGGAAAGUUGCUAAGUUGCAGUGUAAAACUAAUUUUACCUCCAUUUUUUUCUAAAACCUACUUUUUCCAACAAGUAGCAGUGUAACAUGUCAAAAUGGUGCAUUGUUGUUGUUUUUACGCAUUGCAAAAGCUGCGCAAAUUCGAAAAAUGAUUGUUUUGAUGUUUUUUCGUUUGUUUGUUUUUGUUUUUUUGCACCGGAUAAGUAGUUAUAAACUAACUACUUUUAAAUGACUUUAAAUUAGAUUCUAGGUAUCUAGUUUCAAAUUAGCCCUCUAUUUAUAAUUGUAUUUAGCAGGAUGAAAUGUUAGAACCUUGAGAACGUUCCAGAAAACCGAUGAACUCUCUGAGAUGUGCGUAAACAGAGGUGCAUGAUGUGUUUUGAAAGUGAAUUUAAUUUUAAUGUUGAGGAGCUUCAUAUUUGAGAUGGUGUAAGGGCGACUCCUCUCUCACAGUUUACACAAGGGAAUAUACAGAUCUCAUGUUUGUCUCCUCAUGCAUCAAACAUCAGGCAUCCUCUGAAUGCUUAGCACACCAACCUUGAUGUCUAGAAGUGUUUUGGAAAUCAUCUCAUGUUUCAUGCUUGUAAUUCAAUGACAAAUCAGUUUGGCCCUGUGAGAAUAUAGGUGUAGGGUCUGUUUUUUUUUUUGGCUUUGCAUUAUUUCCCAUCUGAACAUUUUGUUAAUUUGUAUCUACUUUCAGACACUUUCUGUUGUUUUAUUGUUCAGUGUUUGUGGCUCAUUUUAAUAACCUCUUUCAAAAUGAAAGCAUGAUAGUCUUCUUACAGAAGGAUUUGUUAUAAAUAUUUAAAGAUAUACAGUCAUGUAGUUUAAAACAACUAAUUUAUUUGAUGUGGAAUUUCUUUUCCUGUCAGUAAAAUAUUAAAUAAAACUGUUGAGUCAUAGAAAAUACAA